AUGGCUCCACGAAAACCAAUUUUACAAAGACAACGGCAAACUUGGUGCAAAGAGUCAAUGAAAAAAGCCAUCGAAGAUUUACGAAAUAAGAAAAUGGGCUCACUAAAAGCUUCCAAACUGUACAAAGUACCUCGAACAACUUUAAGACGUUUGGCAGCUAAAGUAGAUCUAUCAGCUGAAGAAGCGACUUGUACGAAACUGGAAAGAAAAGCAACAUUGCCACAAGAACUAGAGAAACAGUUAGUGCAAUACGUUUUGACAAUGGAAGCUAAGUUGUUCGGCUUAGUCCAAAAGGAUGUUAUGAGUUUAGCCUAUCAGCUGGGAAUAAAAAAUAAUAUCACCCAUAACUUUUCGGCAAAAAUGAAAGCGCGGGUAAAGAUUGGCUUAAGUCAUUUUUAG